GAAGUAGGACAUGGCGGGGCUAUGAUGAAGAGGGCGAUGGAAAAUUGGUGACGAGGAGACAGCGCAACAAACAUGCUCCGACAAGGCGCAAAACAUUCAUAACGAUGCGAAGUAGCUGAUACCAUGUGGAUGUUGAACGCGUUGGAGGCAAGUGUCAUGACAUCUGUUCCAUCAAAGAACCAUGGGUUUAUGCGAUGAAGGGACGCAUAGGAAGAUGAGACACCUUCGAGUGAUCCCUCUUAUCUUCCUGCUUCUAUUGCAUGUGGUGGUUGUCGAGGCAUUUUCCCUUAGUCUUGGGAAACAAUCCAACUCGACCAGGAUCUUUGAUCCCUUCAAAUGGUUCAGAUCUUUGAAAGGGAGCCGAUCGGGGGGUUUAGAGUUAAAUCGCGCGAACCGUUUGGCAGAAGGAUUGAAGCAUUCCGUUCGCUUCCUAGAGUCAAUUGCUAUGAAGAUUACAAGGAUAUAUGAAUAUCGAGUAACGAUGCCAUUAUCGAAAGAAGAUUUCGAUCGGGGUAAGAUGUACGCUGUUGUGAAAAUGUCCGAACGUGAAGACGACGGCAACGGAGGACGGGUAGUGAACAUCCUCAGCUUCGGAAAACAGGUGCACAAGCUCUAUGGUGUCGGAAUCCACUGCCGGAAGCAAUACAAUAUUGCUCGUAGAUUGCCGAAAUGGGUUCAGAUGACCAUUAGUAGCUCCAUUAUACUCGAAGAAGAGUCUUGGCACUUUGAUCACCAUAACUUGACCAUUGUUGAUCUGCGCAUCCCGAAGCUGCCGGGGUUCAUUCUUCAUAUCACUUCUGUUCAAAAAGAGGGGCAUGGCGCAAGCAAUGCUCACAAUCUGACGGAAACCUUACUGGCAAAGCGAGAGAUUGUAAAUAUUGAUAUGACCGACAUUGAGCAGUCUUGUUUGAGAAAUACUCAAUGCAAAAACAAUUCGAACACGAAUUUCGCUAAGAUUGCAGACUCAAAUUACAGUGGCCCCCUAUCUACUUCUUACAAGGUGGUUGCUGUGCACUUUCCGUACUUUGGACUUCAAGACACAGCUGAGUCCCUUAUCAAGGAACAUCAGACCUCCUUGUGCGUCUUUCCCUUGUUCAAUCACUUUUCCGCAACACUGAACACAUUCAUGGAGCAGAUUCCUGAAGACCCACAAGCUCAUAAUGAACUCCUGGGUCGAAUGGAAUGUGCUUCCGUUUAGUGAGAUCGAAGAGAUGUUCAUCACGCAGGCUCAGCAACAAGUCACCACUACAAAACAUUCUCCGGCCGAUACUCUCCGAAACACGUCUCAACGUGAAAUUUAGCUUGGUAUUGUCGCCGUCAUGUUGUUUUAUGCUCUUGAUGCUUUGAUUCUCUGAUGAUCUUAACCAGAAAAUGGUGUCUGUCCCUGCGAUGAAUGAUUACUAUGUCUU